AUGGCCUUCCACGCCAUCUCAACGCCGACGCAACACGUGCAGCUGCACCUGGAUGCCAAGCCCGCGCCGCCCAAAUUUGCGCUCGUCCCGCACAUCAUCGCGGGGCUGCUCAUGCUCUACUCCAUCUUUGCCAUCACGGUGAUCUACACGCCCAUGACGGCGCCGAUCACGGCAUCGUACUUGAACCCGCUCUGGAACGUCAACCCCAAGGUCAAGGGCUCGGGCCACUCGGAGAUGGUCAACUACACGUAUCUCUUCUUCGCCGUGAUUUUGCCCAUGUUUGUGGCCUUCUUGAUCGUGCGUCUGGCCACCCGUGGCGCGACGUUCCCGGUACCGGCGCUCUCGCACAUGCUCCAGCGCAAGCCGCGCUUCUUGUGGUCGCUCGUGAGCUACGGCGAGGUCCUCUUCUUGCUGGCCGUUGUUGUUGGCAACAUCGUCUUCUUCUACUACUUUUACAGCCCGCGCAUCAAGCCCACGACCAAGACGCAGGCCAAGAUCGAGUUGGCGGCCAAGACGCUCGGCUUCUCGACCUUGUACAACAUGGUGUUCCUCGCGCUGCCUGCGUCGCGCCACUGCUUUUGGAUGGAGUGGCUCGGCAUCCCGUACGCCCACGGCGUCAAGUACCACCGCUGGCUCGGUAUCGUCGUGAUCCUCUUCGCGACCGUGCACACGGGGUUCUACGUCCAAGUGUUUAUCGCUGAAAACGAAUCGCUCAUGCUGCUGCCGUGCUUUGACUGCAACGUGGCCAAGGGUGGCAAGAUGAACUGGAUCAACACCUUUGGGUGGCUCUCGUUCCUGAGCAUGUUUGUCAUGGGCAUCACGUCGAUCCCGUACGUGCGCCGCCACUACUACAAGGUGUUCUACGCCGCCCACUUCCUCUUCAUUCCCGCCACGGCCUUUGCGAUUAUGCAUUGGGGCAACAUUGCCAUCUGGCUCUUCGCCACCAUCGUGCUCUACAUUGGCAACCGCAUGCUCUCGUCUGCGACCAUCCAAGCGCCGGUCGUCAUCCAAAAGGCGGCCGCGUACCCGCACGAAGUGACCGAGCUCGUGUUUGAGUGCGCAACCUCGUACCAGGCCGGCGACGUCGUCUACCUCAAGGUCCCGUCGGUCUCCAAGACGCAGUGGCACCCGUUCAGCGUCGCGUCGACGCCAUUGCACACGCCCGGCUCGCUCACGGUGUACAUCAAGACGCUUGGUCAGUGGUCUGGCCAGGUGCAUGAGUACAUUCGCCAGUGCACGGCCUCUGGUGUCGACCCCGUCGUGUACAUGGAUGGUGGCUACGUCUCGCCCGCACUUGUACCGGCGUCGUACACAAAGGUCGUCUUCAUCGGCGGCGGCAUCGGUGUCACCCCGCUCAUGGCCCAGAUCAUGCACUUCCAGCAGUGGUUCCACGAAGCGACGGGUCUCUCGUCCAACUUGCGUCUUCACCUCUUUGUGACCAAGACAUCGCCGCCCGCGGAAACUGCGGUCGCCAAGCAAGUGUACGACCUCAAGAGCUCGAACGUGGCGCCGCGGCCGUACGCGAACGUGUCGACGCUGCGCCAGGUGCUCUUGUUUGUCGCUGCGUUCUUUGGCGCCGGCACGCUUCUCCUCGCCGUCCACUAUAACACCAAGAUCACGACCGCCGACCCGUCGUACUGGCCGCUGCAGCGCUUGAUGGAGUUUCUCGCGAUCGUCAUUGGCGCCUACUGGGCCUACGUCGUCGUCUUGGUCAAGCCGUACACGCCGGUGCCGGUCGCGCGCUCGCAGGUCGACGAGGUCCCCAAGGAGCCGAUGAUGUCGGACGAGGCGUUCAUCGAGCGCUACAGCGUCCAGAAAGGCCGCAUGGACUGGCCGCACUUCUUCUCGAGCCUCGUGGACACAACGGCAGCGACUGCGUCGAUCGGCGUCUUUGUCUCGGGCCCCAAGACGCUCUUGCGUGCGAUCGAUGCGCAAGCGCACUCGACGCGCUUUGCCGUGCACCACGAAGAGUUUGAAAUGUAG